AUGCGGGGGGCGGCAGUCAGGGAAAAGCUUAUUCCGCGUGAUCCAUUGCCCGGCGACCCAGGUCCCCUCAGGCCACUUUUUCUCCAUUCCCGCCACCCGAAGAUGGGCGAAUCGUGUUUCACCGGGUUUCCGGGGCUCAUCGUCGAGUGGAAAAUGAUGAGAGCCGAAGGAUCGCUUAAUCAUCUUCAGCCGGUGUUGGAGUCGUUUGAGCAGGCGUGUGCAGUCGACAGCGACACUCUGCGCUGCGCCGGGCGACGUCAGGAAUGCAGGACAGCAAAAAUCAGGACCCUGGGCACUUCUUUAAGCGUACCCUGCAACUGUCCGUCGACGUCGUCACCUGUCGCUGACGUGUACAACUGCCUCGGCUGGCAGCGUCUCCUCUGGCUUAAUCCCUGUGUCGCCUCGUGUAAAGCCCAAAUAGAAGCCUUUCCUCUCUUCUUCUUCUUCUUGUUGUUGUGUGGAGAGAGGAAUGAAAGCGACGAAAUGAAUUGCGGCGGGUUGUUGCCAAUCGGGCACUUAUCUAUGCUGCUGGCAAUCGGCCAGGGAGAAGGUGCGGAUAUCGCACCCGUCCCUUUUCGCGGAAACGACGGGCAACGCUUGAACAGGCCAUUGUUUCCGCCUUUUCCCGUGAAUGAUUCAUUUUGGUCUCGUUGGACACUGCUGAACAGUUGCUUCCUGAGCAGUCCAUUCGUCAUCCUUAUUUACUUGCAUGAAAUGUGA